AUGCCCUACAAGGGCCAGCAUCCACCGCCAGGCCCGUGUCGCUCCUGCAAGAAGAAGGACCACUGGUCUUUCGACUGCAAAAAGACUCUUGAGGACGGGAAAACGCCCGACACCUCUGAUGCGCAACACCAUGUCGGAUGUCUCGCCACCGGUCUUCUCGCACAUCGUCGUCAGCUUCGCAACAACUCCUUCGUCGUCGACUCGGGUGCCACUUCGCACAUGGUCUCGGACAAGUCGCUGUUCACGGCCUAUCGCCACAUCGCUCCUACGAAGAUUGGUGGUAUUGCAGGGGGCAUCAACGCCGUCGGAACGGGAAACAUCGCCUUUGUUGCCGCCUCCGGUCACCCGAUCACGCUUACCGGCGUGCUGCACACCCCGGGCCUGUCUGUCAACCUCCUCUCGGUCUCUCGACUUUGCGACACCGACGAUGUCCGUGUCGCCUUCACGAAGCACGGCAUCCAUAUCGACAAGAACGGCAAUGCUAUCGCUGAAGGCGCAAGACUCGAGGAAGGGCUCUACUUGCUGGACGCUGAUCAUUCCAAAUGUCAGCAUCUCGCUCUCCUCUCUCGCUCACAGUCUUCCGUGCCCCUGCUGACCCUUCACCGCUGCCUCGGCCAUCUCGCACCGUCGUCCAUACAGAAGAUGGUUGCCGCUGGUUUGCUGGAAGGUCUCGGGGCCGGAUAUAGUGACGAAGAGGUAGAGAAGUUUGUCUGCAAUGCUUGCCUCAGUGCAAAGGGCCAUCGUCUUCCUUUUCCCGAUUCGGACUCGCACUCCUCAGAGAGACUCGGCCUCGUACACAGCGAUGUGCUUUCCUUUCCCGAGUCGUCCUUGACUGGCAAGCGUUACCUGGUCACGUUUCUUGACGACUUCUCGCGCAAACUGUGGGCAUACGCGAUCGGACACAAAAGCGAAGUCUUUGGCGUGUUCAAGACAUGGCUUGCCGAGGUCGAACUCGAGACGGGUGCAAAACUGAAGGUCCUCCGAACCGACAAUGGUGGCGAAUACUGUUCGAGAGCGUUCACGGAAUUCUGUAAGGCACGCGGCACACGUCGACAAUACUCUAUCCCUCGAACGCCUCAACAGAACGGUCGUGCCGAACGAGUCAAUCGUUCUAUCGUCGAAGGUGUCCUUGCCCUCCUUGCAGACGCCCACUUACCCAAAUCAUUCUGGGAGGAGGCAGCAGCUUAUUUCGUCUACUGCAAGAACCUGUGCGAACACUCGGCCCUGGACAAGGCAACACCGAACUUCGCCUGGCAGGGCGACCGCACCAACGCCUCGGCGCUUCACCCGUUCGGCUGCACGGCUUGGCUCACAGUCGCGCCUGAACUUCGCUCGAAACUCGACCCGAAAGCGGUUCGCGUUCUCUUCACCGGCUAUGACCUGGCUUCUAAAGCCUUCCGUUUCUACGACACGACGACCAAGAAGAUCAGUUUGGGCAGAAAUGCCAGGUUCCUCGACAACGAAUUUCCCGGGUUACGUAGCGACUCCACCGAGCAAGACGCCGACACGCACUUCGCCAGCGCUUGCCCGACCACCGAAUCCCAAGCCGUUGUCAAGACAUGGACCCCACUAGUAAGGUCGGCGCACAUGGACGUCUCAUCCUCUCUUGAUGACUCUGCCAUGAGCGCCGUUGACGUGGCCCCAGGGUACACUGGCGGAACCUUACUUAAUUCCACAGAUGCCGAAUCGUCCUCGUCACCGUCUCCUGAGCCGUCCUCGUCACCGUCGCCCGCAACCCCCUUGUCACCGUCGCCUGCGCUGUCACCGUCGUUGGCUGCGUCAUCGUCACCCUCGGCCUUACCGACCGACUCUGACUACUCCGCCGACCCUCUGGACCUCAUCGGCUCACAGACCCCGACUCGCCUCGGCCCACCGGACGUGCACCGCCCAGACUUCAGCACGUACCGUGAGCCCGCAUCGGCUGAGGAGUCGCCCGACGAACUCGACAUCAUUGGGCGCCACUCGCGCGAUGAAUCGCCGGACGAAAUCGAUUUCCUCACCCAACACCACCGCGCCUUCAUCGCCACCGACGACGACAACUCUGACACAGAAGCCAUUCAACCAGUCAAGUCCAUCACCAGCGACCCACAGACAUGGCGCGAGGCAAUGUCGAGUGACAAGCGCGAAGUGUGGGCCAAGGCCGCUACCGACGAGUUCAAUUCCAUGCGCGACGACUUCAAGGUCUUCACCAUCGAGGACCGAUCCACGGUACCAGCGGGUGCGACCAUCGUCACAUCCAAGUUCGUCUGGAAAACGAAACGGAAUGCACUCGGCGAAGUCACCGGCCACAAGGCACGGCUCGUGGCGCAGGGAAAUCGGCAACGCGACGGCAUCGACUUCAACGAAACCUUCGCACCAGUCGCACGCUUCUCCUCGAUACGCUCACUCCUCGCGCUGGCGGCCGCCAACGGCUUGCACGUGCACCAGGCGGACAUCGACAAAGCCUAUCUGCAUGGCGACCUUGACCAUGACAUCUGGAUGACGACACCGCGCGGCUUCGACCUUCCCACCGACAAGGUGCUUCGUCUGCGACGCUCCAUCUACGGACUCAAACAGGCUGGCCGAAUCUGGAAUCGACACAUCGACGCAUCGCUUCGAGAUCUCGGCUAUACGGCGACGGGCACCGACCACUGCGUGUACUCUCGGAUCGACGAUCGGCGACGCCCACACUACAUCGCGCUGUACGUCGACGACCUCCUGAUGAUCAGCCCCGACUUGGCCGAAAUUGAACGUGUCAUCUCGGGCCUCGAACAACGCUACGGCGUCAAGCGCCUCGGCCCGGCAGAGUACAUCCUCGGCAUCCAGAUCAGGCGACUCGAAGACGGUUCUAUUGCCCUGUCCCAGGAACGGUACAUCAUGGACGUGCUUGCUCGGUUCCACUUCGACACCACGACUCGCGGCACUACAGUCCCGAUGACCCCCGGCCUUUCGCUCACCGCCAUCCCGGGUCAAGGCACCGAACGGAUCAGGUCAUGGUAUCUGCAGGCUAUCGGCUCGCUCCUCUACAUUUCGCUCGGCACCCGCCCCGACAUCGCCUUCGCCGUGUCCUACCUGGCCCGCUUCGCCAACAACCCUGGACGUCGUCACUGGAUCGCGGUCAAGCACAUCCUCCGCUAUCUCCGGGCCACAUAUCGCGACGAACUGGUUUAUGCUUGCGGCGAGACACGCAUCACGGGCGUGGUUGGCUACUCCGACGCGAACUGGGGGGCCUGCGUCGAUACGUCGGUGUCCACUAUGGGCUACGUCUUCUACAUUGCCGGAUCCGCCGUGUCUUGGUCGUCCAAGCGUCAAUCUCGAGUUGCCGAUUCUACCACCGACGCUGAAUACCUCGCCCUCUCGCAUGCUGGCAAGGAAGGGAUCUACCUCAGUCAGCUGCUCGAGGAGCUCCAUGUCCAACCUGUUGCACCGGCUCACAUUUUUACUGACAAUGAAGCCGCUGCCGCAGUUGCCCACGACCCUGUCCGCGUCUCCGGCACUCGACACAUACGCUUGCGCGAGCACUUUGUUCGGGACAUGGUGAAUCGGGGCGAUAUCUCACUCUCGCAUGUGGGAACCAGCAACAUGGUGGCCGACAUCUUCACAAAGGCUCUUGGCCCAAAGAUUUUCUCGACACACUGCUACGCACUAGGCCUUCGCACUCGACACCCACGGCUUGGAUCUGCCUCGCAUUCGCGUGGGGGGGGGUGUGAAGAGUCCACUCUCAGCUCGACAGGGGCGCCUCGGUCGUUGCGCGCGCCUGCUAGCCUGGCCCCUGUGGUGGGGACUUAG